AUGGAUGUGUCGGCGGGCAACCUGGAUGCGCGGGCUGGUGCUGGCCUGCAAUGGGUUGACAUCCCUACAAAUCUACUGCGCGCCGAACUGCUCCGCAGGCAAGAGCAUGAGCGUCCAGAAUGCGGGACGAAGGGCAAUCGCGGCUACUACAACACGCCCCUCCAUGUCUUUGCCCUAGUACUCAUCCUCACUGUGAGCACUGCCGCAUGCUCCUUCCCCAUCGUCGCCAAGCGCUUUCCUCGAUUCCCCGUACCGCACCACUUCCUCUUCAUCUCGAGGCAUUUCGGCACCGGAGUCCUGAUCGCGACGGCUUUCGUACACCUCCUGCCCACGGCCUUCAUCUCCCUCACCGACCCAUGUCUCCCACCGUUCUGGAACAAGGGCUACGAAGCCAUGCCUGGCCUGAUUGCCAUGGUGGCCGUCUUCGUGGUUGUGGGCAUUGAGAUGUUCUUUGCUUCCAAAGGUGCCGGCCACGUCCACUCCACGGGUUUUGAAGCGUUUGGUGCAGAUCAUCAUGAGGGACAUUUGCGUCCUGGGCACAAAAGAAGUAGCAGUUACAGCAGAUUCAAGGCAAACGGGCACCAUCACCCGCCAGACAUUGUGCUGCACGACAUGGAGUCUUCGGAUAAUCUCAUGGCUGGCCGAUCGCCUUCCUUCAUCGCUUCGCCUAUGACGCCUCAGCCGGACCCACGGAGUGGAAGCUCGGGGCGAAGUUACAAAGACGGCGAUGAUGAGGACUCAGACCUCGAUAUAGAUCCUGAUGAGCUGGGUCCGCGCGUUUCGAACGGCUCCGAAGACGAGUCCCGCUUGUUAUCACAGCCGUCUGCACACAAGGAUACCCACCGUUCGACCUCGCCAUAUGCUGAGCACACGCCGGACAUGACGGAAGCGCAGCGCAAGAAGCAAUUGUUACAGUGUCUACUGCUCGAAGCAGGCAUUCUGUUCCACAGUGUCUUCAUAGGCAUGGCUCUUUCGGUCGCCACUGGCACAUCCUUCAUUGUGCUUCUGGUGGCUAUAACAUUCCAUCAGACAUUUGAGGGCUUCGCACUGGGAUCGCGCAUCAGCGCUAUUGCUUUCCCUCCCGGUUCGGCGAGACCAUGGUUGAUGGCGUUAGCAUACGGAACGACGACCCCAGUUGGACAGGCGAUCGGUCUCGGUAUCCACACGCUCUACGAUCCUGCCAGUCAGACUGGCUUGCUAAUGGUCGGAUUCAUGAACGCAAUCUCAAGUGGGUUACUUUUGUUCGCAGGCCUAGUUGAGCUUCUUGCAGAGGACUUCUUGAGCGAUGAGAGCUACGUGACUCUGCAAGGCAAGAGACGUUUGCAGGCAUGUGGGAGCGUGGUCGGUGGAGCAGCACUAAUGGCACUUGUAGGCGCAUGGGCAUAG